CAAUAAGGUCAUCUGGAGUUCGACUACUACCUACACUGUCACCCGAUAGUGAGGCCACGUGACGAGGCAGUAGAGGCGAAACUACUUCUUCAGACUUCACCACUGAUAUGUGUACAAAUAGAUGCCGGUGUCCAGAAAACGGAACCCAUACACAGACAACACUAUGAUGUCUGGUUUCAGUCUCUUGCAGAGAAUGCUGCACAAGUCUCAGGUGUUGACAUACAAAGGCGCCCGACCUAUAGAGAGCUUGGCCGUAUCGCAAAAUUCAUCUACGAAGCUCAUCAUAUGUUCUUCAUAGAACUUGGACUUCAGGACGCAGAGAUCAGCGGGAUCCGACAAACUUGUGGUCAUCUGUCCUUCCGGACACAGGUGACCAAGAUCUUCCUCUCCUGGAGUAAUCCCCGACUGGAAGUUAGUUUACAGCAGAUUGUCAUGGCAAUGAACUCGCACGGAUUGGAUAGCACCUCUAUGAUGACGGAACUCGAGCAGAUCCAUACCGAGGACAAUAUUAUUCCACAAGGAACAGGGAUACCGGAGUAUCAUUUACAAAGAAUCCCAGAGCCAAAGGAAGUUGAAACCAUAGCAACAUUUGUGGAUACAUCUUAUUUCAACUUAUUUCUUGAACUUGGAUUGGAGCCACAUAUAAUCGCAAGGUUCGAAAUGGAUCACAAACAUUCAGGUGUGAAAACCUUGUUCAUAGAACUGUUGAAUAUCUGGAUAAAGGAAUCCGGAGACAAAGCGACAAUAAACAGCUUAUUGAUGGCAAUGAAAGAGUGCAAUAUGGAUGUACACGCUGUGACACAGGAACUGUCUGAGGUUUUAUUGGACGACAUUCCUUACGAAGAAAACACGUACUUGUGAUAGCUAUUCAAUACAAACAUAGGCGAAAAUGUAUACUUCGCAUAGCCUGGUGUCGACUAUAGGAGUACUCGUACCGGUCGAAUUGUCUAUACUUUUGCAAAACGAUUAUGAUUGAUUCCAGUAACAUUUUGAACUCCGUUCAACUCGUGUUGUGGAAAUUUUAGGGUACAAACUCGACAAGCAAAAUGGGCAAAAUCAGCGACCAGUGUGAACAAUCAAAAUUAGAACACUUCCAUAACGUCUGUUUUCUGGUGGUUCAUUUUUUUUUGCGGUUAAAGCAAAUAUGAUAACACUUCGCGGCAGUAUGAUUUAUUCUCAAUUUUAGAAUAUAUUUACAUUUUAAUAUUACUGUUUCAUAACAAAACAUAUCACAGGACUUGGAUGCGCUUUAAAGAAGGGUUUUUUUUUUUUUUUUUGUUAACUCUUAUGGGAUAUCGUGCAAUUUCCUUGUCAUCAAUUUUACCACUGAUACUGUACACCUUGCUCAUGUGGUACAAUUCCCUUUGUAAAGUCAUAUCGUUACACGGACUGGUAAAGUUGUGCCUCAAUUCGGACCGCUAUUACUUUGUCCGGGUUUUCCUAUCCGGAUUUUAGUUUGACGUUUAAACACUUUUUAUUUCCGGAACAAAACGUUAUCAGCGGACAUUAUUCCAGUAGUUCGUUGCAGACCGGGUCGUUGUAAACAAAUGCAGUGCAUAAGAAAUGUUCAUGUCUGUUUGUACCGUGUAUUAUAAGGCUUCUGUAGAAAUGUUUUGUAAUUUUACAAAUUUUAUCCAUGAAUUGUCGGGUUGUAACAUAAGGAUACUUUUCUUAAAAUAAUACAGGUAAUAACUACCUUUAAGAUGACGGCAGGUCCAGCUUGAAUUUUUCUACAACUUAUGUAAACAAGAAAUUUUAUUUUUCCAAAU